CUCUUUAAAUGAGUGACUAGCGGCUGUCUGUGAUGAAACAGAGACUGAAGAGCAAGAACGAGAACUGAUCGCCUCCAGAACACACAAAGAGACAUCAUUCACGACCGACGCUAUGGGCAUCAAGCUGUAUUACACCACCGUCACUGCAUCGAGAGAGGUCAAGUCUCAGCAGGCCGAGGUGAUGCGUAUUCUGGAAAGUAAGAGCAUCAAGUAUGAGCUGAUUGACAUCUCGGUGGGCGGUGCUGUUCGGGAUGAGAUGAGGAGUAAAUCUGGCAACCCCACAGCAAUCCCACCUCAGAUAUUCAAUGAAGACCAGUACUGUGGGAACUACGAGAUGUUUUCUGAGGCGGUGGAGGCAGACACAGUGGAACAGUUUCUGAAGAUUGCAUGAGAGCCAAACCUGGUAGCAACCAUCAUCCUCUUCCCUUCCCUGGUCCAUGUCCACAUUCCCAAAGGGAGGCCUGCCUGUCCCCCUCUGCUCCGCUGGCGGCGCCUGCCUUAGAUGUCUCAAUGCCAUGCCACAUGCCAAAAUCAACAGAAAAGCACACACUCGCUCUGUAACACCAUAUUUACCCUCAAACUGAGACCCGUUCACUCAUUCAUCCCUUCAUGCUUUUGUUUUAAGGAUCUUGUUUAUUUCCUCUCUUGUGUCCUCUUUGGUUCCGACUUCUUAAAUGCCACUAAUUUGUCUUAAUCUUGUUUGGAUCAGAGCGCUUGGAUGUGUAGUAAUUAGGUCACCUAAUCUGGGCAGCACCCUAUGUUUAUUCCAGACUGAACUAAUGCACAGUCCAAGAAACACCAGAAUCAUUCUGUGUCCAGUAGUUGAAUCAGAUUGCCAAUUUGUAUAAAUGCCCUUCAUAUAUUUCCACUUUUAGUACUGAUAAAUCAUUUAGAAAUGCUUAACUCUCCAUGGGCUGAAAUUUAUUAUGUGUUGGUACCUUAAAAACACAGGCCCUAAUUUGCAGCAUGAUGUGAACCAGCUGCAUCAGAUUCUGUAUUAAGCACACUGCUUUGUAUUGUGUGUUUUAGCAGUGUUGAAGCCACAGGUUUGCUCUCCGAGACAGAUUUCCGUUAAACAUUCCCAAAUUCAGGGACUGAAAAACGUUCCAUUGCAUUUAACUGUGCCAAUAAAUGUCUGUACGAAUGGGUUUUCCAUGCAAGCAUUUUCCUCUGUCCUCUUGGUACAAAUCUUAUUCCAAAGUCUGAAAUAUCUAAGAGUCUGAAAAUCCAUUAUAAGAAUGAUUCCACAAUGUUUUUGGUCAUGUUUUACCAAAAUAAGAAAUCAUAUUUUGCAUUAAAAAAUAUGUUUGUUUUUUUUGCAUUUUGGAAAUUUCUUUCAUGACAGUAAACCUUUAAUGUAUUAGUAGUAUAUAUAAUUCUACUAUUACAUAUAAAUGCUUUAAUCAUUUUAAUUUUACAUUUAAAUUGAUCUGCAUUGCUGUAAUGAUAAUUGUGCUAAAUUGUCAUGAAGAUAAUUUCAAAAUGCAACAAAAAAGGCAUCAUUUAAAAAAAUAUAAUUUGUUAGUUUCAUCUUUUGAUUUUAGAGCGAAAUAUGACCCGGACACAACCAUAAAUGUAAUAGCAGAAUAAUGAGAGAGAUCUGCUUAACUGCUUAACCCAAUGAGUGGGCAAAAUACUCCAACACAUUCCUGUUAUGCCGUAGAACUUCAUCUCAUUUCGUUCUGGUUAUGCACUAAAUGUUGGUGUUUCUGUGAUCAGCAAUGCAAACCCUCCCUGAGCUCUUAACUAGCUCAGUACUUCAGCUGUAGCCAAAUCACUCCAUACGGCAUAGUUCACAUGUGCAUGCUGUUCCAUCAAGUGUCUAUUGCCAUCAAACUGAGCUCACUGGAGGUUGUAGCAUUGACAUUUCCAGCAGGUUAUCCUCUAGCAUGUUAUGUUGAUCAUAUUGGUACUUAAUUUUUAUACUGUAUACUUGGCACAGUCUUACAAUCUUGAUGCGAGUCGUGGUCCCACGUCUAAUUCAUUUCAUCUGGUAUUGGUAAUGUCUGCUGCUUCCAGUUGGUCUUGUUUGCAGUGUAUGCCACUGUUGUUCUCCGCGGUCGAAGUUGAGGAUGUGGGACCUGCAGGCACAGACAGCUGGCUCAUGAAAUGAUUGUGAAUCUUCCUCUGCUGUUAUUGUUUGUAACAAUUUCUUGUGCUCUCUCUGUGCUGUACUGCUUUGCUUUAGGACCAACGCCCUUUCUGGCCAAAAUAAAAGAAUGAUCAUUAGGGAAAGAAAUGCUGUUGUCUUCCAAGAAGAUGGUGACAUUGUGAUGUAUGGGUCAAAUAAAAAGUGCAAAAAAACAA